AUGCAAACCGAUAAUCUUUACGGAAUGUACAAAAGAAUGUAUAUGUCGCGUAAACGCUAUCUUAGUGUGCUUUUAGCAUUUAUUACGUUCUUUACGUGUUCCGUCUCGGCUUCGAAAGGAAUAUUGAAGAUUCGUGCGGACUCUUCAAACGAUAACGGCACAAAUGACCAAGCCGCUAACUCGGUUAAUAGCUGUAGUAGUUCUAGUGGUCUUGACGAAACUACUUAUAACUUUAGAUUUCACCUUGGAGCUUUGUUCAUCAUUCUGGCGACAAGUUCUAUCGUUGCAAAGAACUUUGGCACCGGCGUAAUUCUUGCUACCGCCUUUAUUCAUAUGCUUCCGUCAGCAUUCGAAAGUUUAACAAAUCCUUGUUUGUCGCCGGUAUGGACUAACUACAAUGCUUGGGCAGGUGCCAUUGCAAUGAUGGCUGCAUUGUUUGUUUUUUUCUUAGAAUACUUUACUAUAAAAUUACAAACCACGAAAGAUAUGCUGCCCACCAAUGCGAUGCAAAAUAAUGAAAUCACGUCUGUUUCGGAAUUCAAACCGGAAACUGAUAGUGUACACCACCACUCUCAUGGAAACCUGAUUUUUCUUACAGAUGAGGCACAAAUUCUGGGGAUUGUGAUCUUGGAAGCUGGUAUUUGUUUCCACUCACUAAUAAUUGGAAUGGCUUUGUCAGUUGAGGAUGGAUCGACUUUUGUAUCGUUAUUGAUAGCUUUGAUAUUUCAUCAGAUGUUCGAAGGUUUAGGACUUGGUUCACGCAUAGCCGAACUAGGGUAUAAUGAAGGAAGUUAUAAGCCUUGGCUAAUGUCGUUGGCAUAUGGAACUACUACUCCAUUGGGUAUUGCAAUUGGUCUAAUAAUUCGCCGGACAUAUGAUAAAGGAUCCGAGACUGCUCUUAUCGUUCAAGGAGUGCUCGAUUCUAUAUCAGCCGGUAUUCUAUUGUAUGCGGCGUUAGUGGAGUUGGUCGCAAAUGAUUUCAUAUACGAUCCAAAAUUUCGCCAGAGCAGUAACUCUAAGCAAGUUUCUGCUUUUAUUUGCCUCAUUGUAGGAGCUGGUGUUAUGGCCUUGAUCG